AUGCCGAGACCCAAGCGGCAGGAUACUCGAAAAAGGUCACCAAAAAAUCACAACAAGGUAACCGAACUGUCAGAGACAGAGACUGUGACCAAGCUUAUACCAGCACUUCAGCAAGACAAAACCUUGCCCACAGCCUUGACCGAUGAGUAUUCGGGGACGCCCAAAUUGGGGGAAGCAACAGCUCGUCAAAGUCCGGGUCACCGCCUGAGCCAAGCUCGGGUAGAGAUCACAUUCGCAUAUUAUCCUUUCCUCUACAUCAACAAUCUUAGCUCUUUGCAUCCGGAUGACCUCAAUUAUCUGGAUUCUCAAGGCUGUUUCAAGUUACCAGAAAGUAGCUGUUUGGACCAUCUGGUCCGGGCGUUCUUUCAACACGCUCAUCCAAUUUUACCUGUUGUCAAUGAAGCCGAGUUCUGGUCAAUUUACGAUCCAUUGACCUCGGGCGACAAGACGGGUCGAAUCCCUGUCAUCCUCCUUUCAGCAAUGUUGUUCGUGGCGUGCAAGUAUGUCGAUUGUACUGUGCUUCAAGGUAUGCAAUAUAGUACGGCACACGAGGCGCAGGACAGUUAUUCUCGCAAGACCCAGCUUCUCUACCACCAAGAGACUGAGUCAUCGCCACUGAUACUUGCUCAAGUCUCUCUUCUGCUUGCACACUGGAUCUCGCAAAAAAGCUCAACAACGAAUAGACUGAGCACUCAAUGGCUUGGUCGGGCAAUUCAGCAUUCUCAGGACGCUAUCUACCAGGCCAAGGUCUCGACAUCAGACAAAAGUCACUUCAACCGAAGCAACCUUAGACGAUUAUUGGGGUGCUGCAUAAUCAGCGACUGUAUUCACAGCUUGUACACACGACGGCCGCCCAUGUCGCCUUUUGGUAUGGUUGAAGCAGAAAGAGAUUCCCUCGUGCUCUCUCGUGCCGAUUUGUCACGUGAGAUAGGACGGUCUCGAGUCUAUGACGCCGAAGCAAAGCAGCGUUUUAUCGAGGCACAGGAGCAGAUGUCUGCUCUCAUCAGUAUCUUGAGAAGGGUUCUGCCUCUGGUCUACCCACAGGGAGGCAUGCCAAUGUGCGGAACCGCGUCGACGCUCAGAGAAGAGGAAUAUGAGGCUCUUGAUUGCAAGGGUCGCCUGAAAACAUGGUAUAAUGACAAGUUGAUGCCCCUCAUCUCCGGACGUGACUCCGCGUUGGGCUCCCCUGUGAGCCCCGACGGAGGAACGGAUUCACAGAACGACCCUGUAGAGCUGCUAGUAAGCAUGAUGCACCUCCACUACGAGAUGGCCAUGUUGGCGAUCUGUGAACUGGGGCUCUCGCACCUCGCGGCGAACUCACAAGCAACAUACUCAUCCUACAGACGGUACGAGCGGGUUUCCCUCCGAAGACAAAAAGACGAUCUUGCGAAUUGUACUCUCAGAUUGACGGAUCAGCUUUCGGAAGCCUUGGGGCAGCAACACCUAUCCAAGUUUCCACCGAUCAUGAUAUUCUGCACAGCACCUCCACUUUUUGCGCAUCUCCUUAACACAGCCGGCCAUCUGUACAAUAGUCCAUGGUCUCCCGUGUCUUUGAUACCGUCGAGAAUUCAAGACGUCGGGGCACGAUGCUCUCGUGACCCACAAUGGGCUAGAGAGAUCAUAAAGUGCUUAGGACUGCACUUUCGAGACGAGCUCGAAUACAUUCUACAGGCUGUUGGAGUAGUAAACAGCAGCCUUGCUCAAGGCCUCCAAGAAAGCCAAGAGCCGCCAAUUCUCCUUAUUCAGGAAGACGAAACAAAGCCCAGAAAUUGGCGUGAACUGUUAGACGCAAGACCAAGACUCUAUAUUCGCCUCAUCGAAAGGCUUAACAGUCUCAUCUCCUGGGGAGGACCUUUGGCUGAAGUUGACGUGGCCGCUCCAUACAGCGAAUACCAAAUACCUUCUGAUUCGACUCAGGAACUGCAACAGAGAAAGCCAUCGUGGAAAUGGAUCCCGCCUGUAUCUUCAGCUCCUGCUCGACGAAGCGUCAAACAGAUGACACCGUUGAUGGCCACCGGGAAUGAGCCGGAGGUACAGCUACAAGUUAGCAAAAGCGACCCGGGCUGCCUGCAACUAGAAGCGGUGCAUGACAUAUUCAGCGAUAUUAUAAUGCAGCAGAUGGACCUUCCCCAAUCCUGCAAUGAUGAGGAGCCUGGCGAGGUAUACUCACCGACAUCAUUAGAAACUUCUGGCAGUCUUUGGGUAGAAGAGAUUACUGGCAGUAAUGGAGACGUCCCUGACCAUAUUGGGUCCCGCGAAGAGAUUAAAACUACAGCGAUUGAAUUCACCGACAGAGACGACAUGAUAAUAGUGGACGGACUAAGUGAUGGGUGGAUAGAUACAUUAUUGCAGAGUGAUAGCCCUGGCUUAAAUGCUUGA